CCACCCAGGUGCCCGAUGGGGAACAUCUUCAGCCAAACUGCAGAUGUGGGUUUUUGCAAUGGAGUUGGCUGGAGGCUUUUAAGAAUCCUUAGAUCCCAAACUUUGGAAGGCAGGAAGAAGGCCAAAAACACUGCUCAUGAGGGGAGAAGAACACCUCUCUCAAUGCCACCUCAGAUGCCGCCAAGGUCAGUAAUGGAAAAAGAGAGAUCUCUCUGGAGACGGGAUACAUGAGCACAGGGACCAAAGACUUAGAAAACACCUCCAUCCCACCUCCAUGAGCUGAUCUGGUGCUAUGCUAAUGAAGCAGUCCUCCCGAGUUAUGAGACAGGAGGACCUUGCUGUAUUUCCUUAGUGGAUUUUAGAGAUGGUACAGACCAGUGAUUUCUGUUUCUCCAGAAAGUGAGGCAGGACCAGGUUUCAUUCCACUCAGGGCUGAAGCCCGAGUUCUGUGGGUGACUUCAUAAUGCCCAGGGUGGUUCCCAGCAUCCUUUUGUAGCAGGCUACCAUGUUGGCCCCCCUGUGGCUGCUUAGCCUUUCUCUCCCCAGUCUGUGGGCAGAGAUAUUAAUCAGAUGUUCCUAUAAGAGUCUCUGCCAGCAGGCCCUAGUCUCGGGCAAUGAUGUUGUCCUGCAAUGUGACUACCCCAAGGCACUCUGGUACUUCUCUCCCAUUCUGGGGGAAGAUCCCUUCCUGAUCUCCUCUGUGCCAAACAUAAAGAAACUUCCUGGGGGCAGCCUUCAACUGACCAACCCUCAGCCCUCCCAGACAGGCCUCUAUCACUGCCAGGACAGUGACAAUGCCCUUGUGGUAGAGUACGAGAUUGACUUCCAAGAUGUCAGCACCCUGCACAUCACCCACAAAGGCCUGGGCCAGAAGCCCCUGCAGAACGAGACCCUGAGUCUGGGUGGUCGUGUGCUCGUCUUCACCCACUGGGAACCCUGGCAGGACUGUAACCGCUGCGGGGAGCCUGGGGAGCGGAAGCGGCUGGGCUACUGCUACAUCGAGGAGCCCCAGGAAAAAGCCAUGCCGUGCUGGCUCUACCUGAGAGGGGAGAAGACGCACUCCAGCCGUCUGCGGACUGAACUGCAGGUGGAAGCCUGUCUUGCACCCUGCGACCAUGUCAAGGAAACCAACCAGCCAUACUUCAUCUUUGACAUUUACCCAUUGGGCAAGUUGACCAACAACAUGUGGCUUACCUGCCCCUUGGCCUCCAUCUACAGGUGA